AUGACAAAUUUGGCAUAUUUGAAUUCAUUUAUCGACCACACGUAUUUGUCCUUUACAGCUAUUUGUUCCCCAAAGUGCCAAAACGGUGGAACGUGUAUCCGGCCCAAUGCUUGUUCCUGUCCUGCGGGGUAUGAAGGAGACAUAUGCGCCGGAAUUGCAGUCUGUUCUCAUUUGCACCCAUGUUACCCUGGACGGUGUGGAGACAAUCUAUGCAUGUGCUCAGACGGUUUCAAUGGAACAACUUGCCUAAAUUUACAUAGUGAUGAUUUCAAACCUUUGAUAGAGAAAGGCAAUGCAACGUUUGCUAAGUACAGUUUUACGGAAAAGAAAUUUCUGUACGAAUUCAUGACAGACGCAACAAACAUGUCAGCUGUUGAUCUUAUUUGGACCAAUUCUGAUGAGUUUAAUAUAAUGAACUUCGAUAUCGAUGCCUCCGUAUAUUUCAAUAAUACAUUUCAUCAUAUUCCACCUGUACCAGGAUACAUCAGGAACAUGAAAUUUGGAAUAGUAAAUGCGAUUGUGUUAGUUGUUCAUUAUAAACUUGGAAAAAAUGGUGAAUACGAAGUAAACAGGGAAAGUUUUACUUGUCCCGGCCCUUCUGAUCUCAACCCAAUAGCUGAUGAGGUUCUAGAAUGUAGGAUGGACAAUGGUACCAACGUUUUCCAGGUGGAUUCAGGAGACAGAUACGUUUUGACGUACACAGUAACCACAGGCGGGUACAGAGAACUUAUCAUUCCAGACAACAGUGAACAUAUUAAUCGUACUGAGAUAUAUGAUGGGGUUAGUUCUCAACAGAUUAUGGAAUAUCGAUUUGACUACGAUAAACCAGUCCACUGUCAAGAAUCUAACUCUUGCAUUGCUGGUGAUGUUCCACUUAAGCUAGAUGAAGAUAUAACUAAGACACCAAUAAGGCCGAAAUGGUCUGGAUGGUCCGAUGGAGAUUUAUCCGGAGUGAAACGGUAUGCAUUUGAAGUUUGGCGAAUGGAAUAUAGUCUUGACUAUCUAGUUCUAAGAGAACCAGAUAUUCUGACAGAUUAUAAUCCAGUACCAGAAUUUAUAACCGAGGUACAAGCAAGCAACAAUACAUUCCCAGAAUAUGAACCCAAAGAACCAGGGGUUUAUUCAACAAUACUUGAAGUUGCAGACAGAGCAAAUAAUUCUAGAUAUGUCCGAAGAAUAGCAAUAUUCGACAAAACAUCAGAAAUAUCCAUCAUGUCAAGUCAUCGGUUGUUCGUUUCAUCGGCAUCAAAUGAAUCUAACUACAGCUGGCAGACUACUCCUAACAAUUUGCAGACGACAACUUUGUUAGUACAAUGGGAAAACCAUUUUAUCAACGAAGUACACGAAAACGGUCAUUUCUUGGCAAGAGUCCAAGAAUAUACUCCAAGACUCAGUGAUGAUAUCAAUAGAGAUGACUAUAAAGAGAUUGAAUUUCAAUUUGAUGAUGACGAAGGUAACAGAACUAAAGAAGAAAUAUUAAAUAUAAAUUCUAUUGUUCGAUUUGAAAUAAACCACGGUAUUCCUAAUACGGAUACACCAACACAAUGGCAAAACGUCCUUCCAAUUAAAGAAAACCAAAGUAUUGAGCUGAGUGGCAUCACUAUUGUAGAUGGGGAUUCAUACCAAGUCUGGGUUCGUGCAACUGAUGUAAUGGGGAAUAACAAGAUUGAUUCAUCUAUAGUACAUUUUGAUCACAGCCCACCUUCUGUUGAUCCCCCUAAGUUUGAACCAAAUGUCAACGAUGGAAAAUUUCCAUUUGCAAGCAGAGUUACAGUCUCUGCUAUAGAUAUACACAGUGGAAUCAGUAAAGUUUCGUUCAAAUUCGUGGUUAAUAGAACUGGGGAAGUAAAGAACCAGAAAGAUUUCAAGAUCAAUUCACAGGCAAACUGCAAUCAGCAUCUUAGUAAAGAUUGUUUCUGCAUGCGUAAUGGAGGAUGUUUCUUGGUUGAUAGUGUCCUAGAUAUUGAUAACUGCUGGCUUAAAGUUCCAAUUGAUAGAGUUGAAGAUGAAGUUCAUUCCCUUCAGGUUAUCGUUUACAACUUGGCCAUGCUGUCUACUAUGACUUCAUAUAAUCUAGGAAAGGUUGACAGCUUCAAUGGAAUAAAAAAAUAUUAUAGUCCAUCAAAUAUUACAAUAUUAAAAACAUCAGACACAAGUUUAAGUAUAAGCUGGAUUCAGGCACCUACCUGUUAUGAUCGUGCUGGUAUUCUCAUCCGGUUAUUCCGACCUGAUAAUUCCACAAUGGAUUUCAAAGUACAUAAAGAUGCGACAACGUUCGACCUAACAGGACUCUCACCUACAACCCACUAUUGGUUUAAAUUGUUCACUAAAUAUGGCAAUGACACUAAAUCUGUUAUGAGCGGAUCUCCUGCAAUUCUGAAAUUCAAAACAGCGGAGGCAUCUGUAGGAUUUCCUCCAGGCGGUGUUGCUGGAUUAUCUGCUGGGUUUAUCUUGCUAUUGUUUGGUGUUGUGGUCGUACUGUUAUUCCUUGGACGUACUGGACGCUUACAGCCUGCUAAAGCCAGAAUGACACAAGGGAUUAGAACUAUUCGUAACACAAUCCGGGUUCGCUCACAUACCAAUGGUGGAUAUAAUAACCGGGCGUAUAGCACUAAGUUUGAUGAUGAUAUAUACUUCUAUGGACAAAUGGAAUCUACUGGCGCUACGAAUCUAAAAAUUUCACGUAAAGACAUAUCAUUGGAAUCCGAGUUAGCACAAGGGAGGUUUGCAACAAUUUAUUUAGCCAAAUACUAUGGCAAUCAUCGUGACGCCCAAACCGUUGCUGCUAAAGUUUUAAAAGAUGACCAAAAGGAAGAAAAUGUUAUGAAGAUGAAGGCUAAAAUAAACUUUUACAUAGAAAAAGUCGGACAUCACAAAAAUGUUAUGGAUUUUAUAGGAUACGUAGAAGACGAUGUUAGAGGAUCAUUUAUGGUACUGGAAUAUUGUGAAAGUGGGGUACUGAAGGAGUUCCUCAUCUCAAAGAAGUCUGAUGUAACUGUUGAUUUGGAAGAAAGAUUGUUUAGAAUGGUAUUUGGGGUUUGCCUUGGAAUGGACUAUUUAUCAUCGAAAAAGGUUGUCCACAGAAGAUUAGCAGCUAGAAAUGUUCUUUUGGAUCAUUUGUUUGAACCAAAGAUUACUGGAUUUGGACCAGAACCUGACGCAGAACAAGAAGGGGAAGAACGUAUACCACUGAAAUGGAUGGCACCAGAAUGUAUGAAAACAACUAUUCGUGCAAAUGAAUUGAGUGACGUUUUCUCCUUCGGUAUUGUAAUGUGGGAAAUAUUUUCAUUGGGCGACACACCUUAUCCAGACAUACAAAGCAGGAAUGUUGCAACUAGACUCAAACAAGGAUACAAAAUGAAGAAGCCAGAAUACUGUGAUGAUGCCUUCUAUAAGAUCAUGUUAAAAUGCUGGCACUAUCAUCCAAGCAAACGUUCAGGUUUUGCAGAUGUUAAGAAUCAGCUGUCGAACAUGUUCCAGGAAGGACCAAGUGAAGAAUAUUACUACCGGACAAAUGAUCUGUAAAUCAGAUCCUAC